AUGAGCAUUUACCAACAAUACAAAGCCGACACUGACUCUGUAGCAACAUGGCUGGCCAACACUGCCAAAGCCCACGGCUACGACGCUGACGCUGCAGUUGGCGCCGCCGCUCUCGACGCUCUCAAGAAUAAGAAGAAGAGAAAGGGAAAUGGAAACAGCAAAGGUCCCAGUAGAGCUAAGAACAAGAAGAAGCAAGAGAAGCAGGACCCGAGCACCAAGAAAUAUGUCAUCAGAGUCAGGGACUUUGAGGCUAUGGCUAAACAUGUUGCUGAGACCAAUGCUGUCGAGGUUCCUCACAAGACUGCCAUUGCUUUGGAGAGAGGUAUCUGGGUUCGCAGGUCCUUCUCUCAGAAACUCACAGAGAGUGGUGCAAGAAGGGAUCGUCGCUCUGAUGCUUCUCAUUCUCACUUCGUAGAAGUCCUGGAGAAAGUCCGCGGCUAUCUCAAACCAAUCAUGGAAGCUGGUCUUUUCAAACCAGAUGAUCUCGACAAGAAGUCAGAUGUCAAGGCAAACCACCCCACCAAGGGCAUGUUUGACGUCCUCAACGUCUACACUCCUUCUGAGGAAUUCCUCAACGCUCCUGACAUCACGCCUACUCCUACUGCUGAACCUGAGACUCAAUACACCGUUGAGGAAGAGGUCAAAUGGGAAGACGCCUUCUUCGCCUUCGCCGCCCUUCUCCGCGACUAUGACUAUCUCAGCCAGGAGAUUCACUCGCUCUGGGAGAAGUACGCCAGCGGUGAGCUUGACCUCGCCGCUGUGGCUCUGGCUACCAACACAGCAUUUGAGCUUGCUCCCAGCAUGGAAGCGGACAUCAAGAAGCUGAUGGACAAGUUUGGCGGAACAGCCAUCUUCGCCCACCAGUGCUUCGACGUAGCUUGUGAGGCGAUGGGCAUCGACAAGGAUAAGAAGACCCCAGGCACUAUGUAUAACCUUGCGGCUUACGACGUGGGCAAGCUCCUGUCUCUAAACAUCCUGGGUCUUUUUCGACAGCUACGUAAAACACAGCCGCUCGGUGCCAAUGGCAGAAAUAACACCGAGAGGUGGAAUCAGGACAGUUCGGCCCUGAUGGAGGCCUUUCCCGGCUUUCACUUCCUUACCACAACCCCUGGCCAUGGCGACGUGGAGGACGAGCUUGUCCGCGGCAUGGGCGCUGCGCUCAGGGUGGCCAGGGAGCACCCUCGUCUCUGGAUAUCGUGGGCUCUUCAGAUGUAUCUCGACAUCGUCCAGGGUCUUGGGGAGUCCGUCGGGCGCGGGUAUGAGCAGUUCAAGCAAGAGAGUCUGAAGAUCCAAAAGGCUCUUGUUGAUCUUCCCAAGACGCCUGAGCGCAGGCAGGUCCUUCAGGCGGCGACGCGAUGGAAUCACGAUCCUAUCUUCGAGAUGAGCCAGGUAAACGUGGGGAUGGGCUUGGCGCCUCACGAUAGUGAAGAGUCUCCUGAGUUCCACUUCCUUCGUCGGAACCCCAUACACUGCGGUCUUUUGAUCCAUCACAUGCGAUCUGCGCUGCAUUACUAUGGUGUCAAGACUGCUGCGCCCAGUGGUGGUCUGAUGACUACUACACAGCUCUACCAAGCCCUCCGACAAGAGGGCCGUAUUCCCCAAGGACAAGCGUGGGAGGAUCUCGAGGAGUUGUGGGGAUACCAAGGCAACGCGUGCUUCUUUAUCGGAAACCCGCCCACGGAUCUCGAGGGCUACUACAAGAACUACUGCCUCUGCCUGGGCACCUCGCUCACCAACUGGACACCGAACAGACGGGGCUCCAAGCCUACCGAGCACAAAGGUAAUGCACCAAACAUGAAGGUCGAUGGCUGGGUUUCUCUCUCGUUGGAUAACCGUAUUCGUGUUGAUAAUGCCCGUGAGCCUUGGACGAUUGCUAGUGUUGGAGAACUCUUGACGGAGGGUCGCAAGAAGGCGAUGAUGGAUGGCAAAGGUCAUAUACAAGCGGACCUGAAAUGCCAGCUCGAGACAGUACCGACAUCUCCAAGUGGUCUCAUCAAGGAGCUCGCCCAAGUCAUCAACAGCGAAGUCCCUCGUAUCAGCUUCAACUACUUCACCAUGCACAACAUCGCCUGGUCCCUCCUCACCGAUCUCAAGCGUGCCUUGACCGCCGAAGUCGGCCCCGAGUUCCUCAACUACGUGCCCUCCGAGGACCAGCUGCCCUUUGUAGUAGGCUACGUCUUCUCGACGGCCUCGGGACACGGCUCCGAUGUUCGAAAGCGCGGCGUGGGAAAUGACAGGUUCCUCAACGUGGCCACGGAAGUCAUGGAAGAGUUCUUGAACGAGGGUAAAGGAAAGAUCAUCAAGGAGGCGAGGGAGACGGAGGUUGAGCCGGAGGAAGUCGAGGAUGUGGAUGUUGAUGGAUCCGAGUUGUGGGGGCCGAGGAGGUUCAAGAAGGAGCAGAUGGAUCGGGAUGGACACUUGGGGGCGAUGGCAAACAAUGCUGAUGUUGCGGAGCUCAUGAAGCUUUUGCAGAUGAUGGGUUGA